AUGGCGGACCAACGUCCGGCCGAUGAUGGCCUACGCCGUCUCGAACCCAUUUGGAACUAUGCCUUGAUCGCGGCUUCCAUCGCUGUAUCGCUACUCGGCGCCUUUACCGCUACCCAGAUGAUGUGUCAAGCACGUACGGCUCGGUACUUUUCCGGCGUAUUGGUGUGGACCAUCCUGGGUAGCCUGACGUUUGGAUUCUGUUCCAUCUGGUGCCUACAUUUUAUAGCCACGCUAGCUUGCGAACUUGAUGUGCGGGUCGGGGUAGAUGUCUCUUUGACAAUCUUAAGCGCGCUUCUCGCCGUUGGAUUCACUUUCGCUGCGUUGGCCUUCGAUUUGCUCCCAGACCGGUACGUCCGCCUUGUUAAAAGAGCAAAGUAUAAGGCUGGUCGAGGGAGUAGGAAGGGCAAAGGAGGGAACACCACGCUGCCUCACGAUGGCGAUGCAAGCACAGACGCGCUGCUGGAGCCUUCCUCUUCAGAGAUCACCGAAGAUGAGGAGGUUAUGGAAGAUACCAAUCUGCUCCCCGCUGAUGUUCCCUCCGAGCAAUCGGGUCGACCAGCCCGAGGCCGUGGCAUGAGCCUAGGUCCUCUUGAAGAACAUUUUACUGGGCCGAACAGAGCUUUCGUCACGCUUGAACCCAACAGGCCGCAAUCUCUUUCACUGAGCAGGUCUCCUCAACCUGGAGGAAGGAAGCCAUUUUAUACACAGGUCGACUUGCUUGUUCAUGAAGAGUCCAACGGCAAUAGUGAAGGUUUUCCCAGGAGCUCAAUGGAUAUCCACGCAUCACCACGGUCAUCUGCCACGCUGGGCUCAGAGGUCAGUGCGACGCUGAGCAUACCCGAAUUCAUGGACUUCAAGCGCCCCCAAAGUGCAACUUCCUCUGCCACAGAUGCAAUGGCUGGCAUUGCCGGGCUGAUAUAUCAUGGGGCGACUCCGCGAAACUUUUGCAAAGGGUUUGUUUGGUCUCUAGCUAUUACCACCAUGCACUAUGUCGGUAUUUUUUCUCUGAAGAUACCACAAGGUUAUGUCACCUUCCAGCCACUCAUCGUUCUUCUAUCGGCGGCAAUCAGUUGGCUUGUCUGUACGCUGGGCUCCAUUCUUAUUCCCCAGAUCGAGGUCAACCUGACCCAGCAGCUAGUGUUUUCUGUUGUUGCUGCGGCAGGUGUGGCAGCGAUGCAUUUUACUGGCAUGUUCGCAACCAUGAUCUGGUCUCGAGCAGCCCCCAGUCAAGAUCGCGGUUACCCCCCGAAUCUGGCGGUCGCCGUCUCGUGCAUCGCCAUUGCGACUUGCAUUUUUGCCAAUGGGUUAUUGGCUCACUCUGCCACCGUGGCGCGUAACAAGCUGGCCGAGGUGGUACAAACAAAGAGAAAACUUUGGGCGGCCAUUGCACAGAGACAGAACGCAGAGGCUGCUGCCCACGCACGGAGCGAGUUCAUAGCAUCGGCUUCUCACGAGAUUCGCACCCCCCUUCAUCAGUUGCAAGGUUAUAGUGAUUUACUAUCUCGCAUUGAACUGAGCGACGAGGCGCGGCUUUUACUCUUAGCCAUACAACAAGCAACCAGAUCCCUUUCCAUGAUCACAGCCAAUGUCCUGGAUUGGUCGCGGCUGGAAAAGGGCGAGGCAGUAUGCCGACCAACCAGUCUGGACCUUCGAAAAGUCUGUGAGUCGAUCAUUGCCAUUCUGCCCAAUAAUCACGAAGAGGGAGGCACAGAAUUGAUGAUUGUAGUUGGUCCCGAGGUGCCCACUUCUUUGUUCCUGGACGAGACUUACCUUCAGCGGAUCCUGAUGAAUCUUCUUACAAAUGCAUUGAAAUUCACACAGCGUGGAUAUGUCCUACUUUUGGUGGGAAUGAGAGACAGGAAUCUGAACAUCACAGUUAAGGACUCUGGCCUCGGUAUACCGGAAGCAUUCCUACCACAACUGUUCGAGCCUUUCAAGCAGGCUCAGACUCGGGGCGCGGAAAGAGGAACAGGUCUCGGCCUGGCCAUCAUUCGACAACUGCUGGAGAAGAUGCAGGGCACCAUCGAUGUUGAAAGUCACUGUCGGCUGCCGGAUGACGUGGGGUUGGAAAAGUGUGGAAGUACGUUCAUCGUCGAAAUUCCCAAUUUGGGACCCACCGGCACGCUACCACCACCGAGCUCAAUAACAUCCGACAAGCAUGUAUGCUUCUAUGGUCCUCGUGAUGGACGAUUUUUUGAAGGCCUACAGCAGGCCUGGAGGGCAUUUGGCUUUGAAUUGGUACCAGGAGAUGCUGAUGCUACUGUGGCCAGCAGUUGGGGGUUUAUCUGGACAGACCUUGUUUUCUUGCAAGCACAUCCGACACUGCGCCACCGUUUAAUGCACUUGCAGAACCAGCUGGUUCUGGUAACACACGACUCUCAAUCGCUCUUGGACAGAACACUCGGAUCUGUACCUCCAGCACAUAUUAUCCCACUCCGACGGCCAUUGAUCUGGCACCGCAUGAUAGAGACCAUCAACUCGGUUGUUAGAUCAGGCCGGGCGUCAAUCGACCGAUUGGUCAGGUUUGCUCCAAUGGUAGAUGUGGUUGAGGACUCCGGAAGCGAACAAUGUCAGGAGAACAAAUUCAUCAAAGAGUCGACCAUACUUUUGGUGGAAGACAACAAAAUCAACCAAAAGCUUGGUGUUAGGAUGUUAGAGGCCCUUGGAUACAAGGUUAUCGUUGCCAACGAUGGGCAGGAAGCGGUGGACAGUCUUGUCGAGAGGGAUGAGGACAUCGACCUCGUCUUGAUGGACCAAUCCAUGCCACAGAAAGAUGGCAUCACGGCAACCAAGGAGAUUCGCGAAAUGGAGUCACUUGGGUCACUGUCUCGAAAACGUCCUAUUGUCAUGUUUACUGCAGUUGUUGGACCUGAUGCUCAAGCCCUGUGCAUAUCGGCGGGGGCAGACGCCUUUCUGGCCAAGCCGUUGGCUCUUGCGAAGCUCGAGCAGACACUGAAAAAAUUCCUAGGCCAUGGUUGA